GGGAGCAGCUUUUAAAGCGAAGUAUGGCGUCGGAGUGAAAGGAAGAAAUGCUCUAAGACAGUCAGGAAAAGAGUCUUUUUCAGAAACAACAAGCAUAAUGGAGAACGUAAGACUCAUUCACUCCGUAGAUAAGUUAAAGCACCUGCGCACUCUUGUAAAACAGGACCUCAAGCAGUUGGGGAUCAAGGUUCCAAAGAGCAAAAGAACCAAGAAAUUAAACCAGUCACGCAACUCCUCACAGGAUGGCAUGCUGGCAGCAGGAAUAUUCGGAAAUUACCUGUCAUUUAUUCCAAGCACCUUUAUACCAGACUGUGGAUUUGUGCCAAAGUUUCUGGUAGAUGCAGCAGAAAUCAUCAGGAAGAACAGUAUGGCUGAGGGAAUAUUCCGCAAGUCGGGUUCCAUUAACAGACAAAAGGAACUGAAGCAACAGAUAGAGGAAGGACAGAAACUUCAGUCUGAGAAUAUGCAUGAUGUAACAGGCCUUAUCAAGCAGUUCUUUCGUGAGCUGCCAGAGCCACUACUUACCAUCACAUACCAUGACUGCUUUGUGCGCACAUAUUACCUUCCACCACCAGACCAGGUAGAAGCCAUGUUGCUGCUGUGCCUGUUGUUGCCACCAGAACACUUAAGCACUUUGCGCUUCACCAUGGGAUUGCUGUCACACCUGUCAGAGCACUAUGAGCACAACAAAAUGGACUGCAGUAACCUGGCUGUUGUGCUGGCUCCCAACAUCAUCCAUGUAAAUAGUCGAAGUCAAAAGAUGAAUGCAACAGAGGAGAAACUUCUACAGGUCCAGACUAGUAUUGUAGAACUGCUUAUUGUCCAUGCGCAACGCAUUGGUGUGGUAUCAGAAAGUUUGUACCAGCGUACCUGUCUCAUGACGGAGUGUUUUGGCACUGAGGAUGAGCUUGAUGGCAGUGAUGAUAAUAUGCUGGAGGACGCUAAGGAGGCCAGGAAGAAGCAACGUAAACGGAGUGGUUCUUUGCAAGGUUUAGUUAGUUCGAUUGGACGAGGUUUGUCCAAAUUACGUCGCAGCACAGAAGGCAAGAACAAUCUAACCACAUCCAGUACUUCCAGUAGUCUGUCCAGUACUUUAAGUGGCCUGCCUGAUGAGCAUGGUCUGACUUCUCAGUUACUCUCUCAGUCACAUACCUUGCCCAAACCAGCAACAAAGGAAUCUGUCCCUACAGGAGUUCUCUCUGUUGCUGUGCCUGCCACUCCUGUGUUACGCAAACGCAAAGCAUCAACAGAUGGGAUUCCAUUUUCCUCUACUAAGAAGAAGGCAAUUUUGGAGCAGCUGCCUUAUUGCUCAGCUCUUGGUGCCACACCUUUCACACCAGCCUCAGCCCGCAGACCUGAACUAGAGAGAGCAAUGCAGGCAGGUGGAGAUACCCCUAGAUUUGCCCUUCCUGACAAACACCAUCUUGAUUUUUCCACCACACCUAACAAUAAUAAUUGGACCGUUCACAAAAGGCUGGGUUUGUUGAGCCCCGCCAGCAGCAAUAAAACUAAAAGAAACAACACCCACCUGUGUCAUAGGUCAGGCAAAGCGAAACAUCUUCUCAAGCGUCUUAGUGGAGUCAAAGAUAAGGAUUUUGCUGGUCCUGAAAGAAAGCGAAAGAUUGGUAAGCACUUGAAAAAUCCUGCCAGUGUGCUUGGCAACAUGGCAGUUUCUGAGAUCACCUCAUCCAUACCUCUUGCAGAAGACUUGCAUCUUCUGUCCUCAUCGAAACUACACGAUGCAUCGACUUCAUCAAACAUAAGUGUACACAAUGCACUAAAUCAAAGUUUUAUUGCUCAUGAUGAUGAAGUUGGGGGCAAGGAUAAAUAUACUGUCUUGAUCUACUCUGAAUCCACAUCUGUACAGUCUGAAUCUGUAGAAACUUGCAGCAGGGUCACCACCGCUGACCCACUUAAAUUACAGGAAGGUGCAGGGAUGCAAUGGCCAGGGUUGACAGAUAGUUUGCUGAGACGUGGGCAGCCUAACACCAUCACUAAUGGGCUGCUAAGGGGUAAACCUGAGAAUCUGAGCAAGCUUCGUCGAAGUUUUGACAAGUCAGAUAUCAGCUGCCUAAUACCUGCUACAGUUCCUAGUGUGGAGAUGGUGAGUGAUCAAAAGGUUUCUCAUACCACUGACGCCCAAGCCACAAAAGAGGAUGGGUUGCAAGCAGAACACAGAGAGAGUGUAAUAACAUUCACACAUGUAGAGGCUGGAGAGAGUGCCAGAUACCGUAGUGAAUGCAGACGAAACAGGUUUUGUUCCUACAAUGGUUCUCUUGCCUUGAGUGAACCUCAGCAGUCUAGCUUUGGUGAUCGAACAAUGAUAGCUGAAGACUGCUUCGAUUGUGAUGAUUGCAUUGCCAGUCAGAACUUGCUGACAGCAGCUGAUGACAGUUCUGAUUCUGAUACAGAGUCCGAAGCAGGAUUCUCCACUAUAUCUGGUGGGACAGUCAUUCACAACCCAAAGGGACUCGCACUCUCCUGCACUAACCUCCAGUCUGAUGAUGAAGCAUCAGUUCUUAGCUUAGGCUACUGUGGCUCCAGCGUGUCAGUUAAUGCUCCUCCACUACUUCAGCCAUCCACGAGUGUUGAUUACCUCAUCAGCUCUGCUUCAGAAACAUCUGUCAGCAGUCACGUCAGGGUAAUGGAGAGAACAAUUUCCUCAGACAGUGGCAAGGGCUCAAUGCUAGAGAGUGCAACAGCUUUUCCCGACGACCAGUUUUCUUUGCAAGAAAACCUAUCUAAAGUAGACUCCAAGGAAGAAAUAUCAAAGUCAAAGAUGUUAAAAGACAAGGAAAUUUCCAAGUCAGCUGACAACAAUAUUCUCCGCAAGGCUACCAAGUGUGCAUCUGAUGAUAAGCUGCACACCAAGUCUCGAGAAGACUGCCCUCCCAAACGCUCUCACAGUCUGCAUACUGUUGGGUCUGAGAGGCACUUCAAUUUUAUCCCCAAUCUUCAGAUCUCAGCUGAAACUCACAGACUUCUGACCAGGGCUGGUUUUCUUCAGGAUGCAGAAGUUCCUCAUCAUGUUAAAGAUGUUUCUGUCCCACUGAGGUCACCCCAGAAAUCGGGUGGUAUUGCAUUCCACAAGGACAUUUACAGGGCAUCAUGCCGAAGUAUGGACAUAGUGGCAGUGAAUAGAAACAAUCACUCCUGCAGGCGGCAGACUUGUGAGAAAAAAACAGAGAAGUCCCAGGCAGACUUAGUGACACUCAAAAUUUCUAAGAUUGAAUCAUUAGAUAAAAACCACUGCAAAGAAGGACAGGAGCUAGUUUUAGGCCAGGGUUUCAGUCAGAGUGAGCAUAAUGGUCGACCCAAGACUUCCAUUUUGAAGCAUGCUGAAUUCCACCUUCAAAAACACGACAGCAUUGCUCAUAUCAAAGAAACUAAGGCUGGACAUGUUGCAGCUAACAUUCAGGUCAUAAACAGCAUUGAUUACCCCUCAUUAGAUAAGCCAGUCAGAUCUCAACAUUUUUUUACCUCUUUCACUCGCAGGCGUCGCAUGUCUCCAGUCAGGAUACCCACCAUCUUUGCAAAAGAUAACGAAAAAGAAAUACAUUAUCGUGAGCUGGCUCGGAAAGUUUCCAAGCGAAGUCAGGGAGAAGAAACUCUAAUGACCAAAGUUGUUCCAUCAAAUGAUAAAAACCCUUCCAAAAAACUGGUGCUACAUCAGGGAAUAGGUGUUGACGAUGUUCAGUCUCCAGAAACUUGUUCUGAAGAGCUCCAGCAAGCAUCUUUCACUGCUGACUGUGCUGCAAAUUUUAAGUCAUCUAAUAAUGAAAACUGUACCUCUGCAGAUGUCACAAAAGUUAUUAAAAAGUCAGAGCUUAUUUUCAGUCCCCUUGGCAACCCGAACACAGAUUUGAGUGCCUCUCUAAUGGAAUCCAUUGAGGAAGUGAUUACCCCAUGCAGACAUAGACGCCGAAGCCAUAACCUUGGAGAUCGUCGUCCACUUAAUGAGAAGACCAAUCAAGCAGCGCCUUAUGGCAUGCCAGAAACAAAAUGGUCGCCUGAAAAAGAAGCCAGAAAACUCCAGCCUUCAUUCUCAUCUCUAGACAAGCUUUUCAUGGAAAGAGACAGUUGUGUAACUGAGAGCAUCCAUACAGACCCUUUGCAGCUUACCUAGCAUCUUCAGCAUCACCCAGAGCACUACUGAAGCUGAAUAUACUACACCAGUCCUGACACAAGUGCUCUUGCUGCAACCAUUUUAAGUGUGAUAAUGUUUUAUAUAUUUUUUAGACACAAACUGAUGCUUUGUAAUGUGCAUUUUCUUUCAUCACUUGGUAUGUUAAAUUUGUUGAUAGAGGCAAAGACCAUCAUCAAUUGAUUUGGCUUUGAAAGAAGAAAAACAUACCACAGUCUCUUUGCUUUGCUCUAUAGCAAUCUUCUAUAUCUUGAUGUCCUUAUUCUUCCAUUUGACACUGCAACAUUUCUUUUAGCCAGUAUAUAGUUUUAAAUGAAUUUGGAUUCUAGGAAGACCGUCUAGAUGGUCUAUUGUUUGAAAACUGAGUGAUGGAACAAUUUCACAAUUUUUACAGAGGUUAUGUCUCAAUUUUGAAAGAGUCACAACUUAAGUCUCUAAAGAUGGGCUUUGCACUGCUCAUGUAGAGUCUUACUGGAUCUCUGCUUGUUGAGAAGCAUUACUGCAAGGAAAGAUGUUUAGCUUAUCCAUUUUUCGUAAAUGCUGUAUAACUGAACUUGCAGGUACAUGAGGCAAAAGAUAAAAAUAAAAUUUAGAGAGAUAUGCCCUGAACAUGAGGACUCUCCAGCCCUCAGUCAGCUGCUGGUUUGUGACAGUGUCUAUGGGUUAAACGACCUACUUUCUGCAAGAAGAGAGAUUCUCAAGAUAACGCUCUUACAUGCAUCAUAAAUGUUCCAUUUUUCAGUAUAAAACAGUGAGCAUCAAAGGCAAACAUAUUUGCUAGGCAUUAGUUCAUGUAUUUUUGCAGACACUGCACAGCAUUGUUAAACUGCAUCUACUCCAGGCAAACAGCUGUAAAAGUGACAGCUAACAAUAUGUAUUAAUAUCAAAAUGACAGCUUACAAUAUGUAUCAAUAUUCAAGUAAAUUGUAAAACCAGGGGCAGUAGUUAUAAUAAAGCAAGGCCAAGUCAUUGGCUUGGGGCAACAUGGGAAACUCAAGGAAAAGCAUCUUGUUUCCAAAAUUAUAAAGCAAUGUUCAGACCCUGGAAAUAUUGUUUUGCCCCUGGAGCGGUAGCAAAUGUGCCCAGAGAUAAACAUGAAACAGCAUUCGAGGGAUCUUUAUAAUUUUGGAAACAAGACACUUUUUCUUGGGUUCCCCAUGGCAACAACCUGCCCUCACUUCAUAACUACGGCUCCUGAGCUAUACAAAGCUGUAAAAAUUAUUUCAUGUAAUACAUUGAAAGACUCCUUGUCUGAAACUGAGCUGUUACAUUAAAAUGGUUGAAGGCAUAUUUUUUUCAACUUGUUUUUAAUUUAUACUAUUUGUGUUAACGUCUUUAUAUUUUGCACUCAGCAUCAGAUGAUGGAGGCAAAAUGGUUAUAGAAGAAAAACUUAUUAUAUAGCAUAUUUGUGUUUAUUGCUCUUGAAAUGGAAGGUGCCUUACACUUAAGGCUGUCAUUGUUCAGGAAAUGUAGAGAUCACAGAGUUUCGGUGAGAAUGGUAAACGGAUUAAGAAUCUGUGCUUACAUUACCAUUUGGCAGACAUUUACCUUGGACAUUAAAGCAGCACUGCGCUGGCUGCAAUAUUUUGGUGCAUGUGUUCAAAUUAUAUUGUAUGUAAAUAAUGUCUGGUCUCUACACAAAAUUCUGAUGCAAUUAAUCUUUGUAAGAUAUAUUAAGCGAUCAACUUAUUAUCCUUGUAAUCAUUUUACUGGUGAUUUACUCUGUUAAUAUGUAUAUACUUUUAGCUAUAUAGGUGCUGAAAGCAAGACUGAAUUUAUUGCAUGAAAUUUGUUUUCAGAAGAGACUAUUAUAUUCAGCUAGAGCCAGUAUGUGUACUGUAUGUACCUAUUACACACAUUAUAAAAUAGAGCUGCAUUGCAUAUUCAAGCUUAACUAACACUAAAGAAUUUUGCCGAUUGAAAAUGUUUUUGUUAAUAUCUUCAGGUGCCAUGGUUUUUCUUAAAUAGUGGUUCAUGUAAUAAGGAUUGGCUGUCCCAGAUUCAGAUCUUGUUUUGGGCACGUUCUUUUUCUGUAUGUGACAUCUGUUUACAGGGCCGGCUACUUAGCUGGGAUAAUUCAGCCUUAGUUGCCUACUUAGUGAAAACACUAUAUCCCCUCUCUUAAUUAAUGGCUAACAUUUAAAACCAGAAUUUGAAUAGUUAUUCAUUUCUCAAAAACUUUGAUACUUGCAGUUCUGCUGGAAGUAAAGGUAGAACCAUCAGAAGCAAACAAACGGGCCAGGUGGAUGUUAUGAGGCACAGGCUGAACUGCUUUUUUAAAGAGCUUUUUUUAUUACUUUAUGUUAUCCAGGAAGCACCUAAUCUUGUAUUGUGCACAUGACCCUAGACUUUUACUCAAACAGUUAAAUUAAUUUUUCAUUUUCUUUUUAUAUAAAUAAUGCAUACAUCUUUGUCACCUUUGAUACUCAAUGCAACAUCUGCACUGUUAAUAUCGGGGAAGGCGGAAGUUUGUUAACAAGAUUAGCAAACCAUCAAAGUGAUCAUAGAUUUAGUCCAUGUUAAUUUGGAAAAUAACAGGCAACAGGACAUGAUCAUUAAAUAGUCUUAUGUGGAAACGUUUUGUCACUGCCUUAUAAAUCUGAUCAGGACCUGUGAAAUGAUUCUUCCAGUUAGUUACUUAUCAAAGAUAAUUGCUCUCCAAAUUUCUUUUAUAAAACUGAACUGUUUAGUCUGACCAGCAUUAAAUGUUUGGACUCAGGUGUGGUUUUAAGCAAGUGCUUUAUGUCUAGCAGUGCACAGCAACUGACAAAAAUUUUACGGACAUUAGUGCAGGCAUAUUUGGUGGUAGUUUAUAAAGUUCUAAACAACUGUGGUGGACAUAGUUGCAAACAAGUCUAGGGAAGCAGAUAGCCAAGUGGUUAGAAUUCUGGAGUUCAAACUGAGAGGUGUGGUUUGAUAUGGAAGUAGCCAGUUAAUUAAGUUUACUUCUCCCAGUAGACCCAGCUGAAGGCAAUGGGUACCCGAGUCUAAAGAGAGUUGGGGAAGGUCAGCACGGAGGGCACCAGCCUCAUGUAAAACUGGCCCCAGGAAAAGGGAAAGUAUCUAACACUAUUCCCUUACGACCUGAAGAAGGUCGUGGGAUGACCUUUACUGGUUAAGAACUGAAUGGUAAAUGAAAAUUUUUCAACAGUCUGGGUAUCUUAGUUGGUGCAUGGGAUUGCUUUUGAAAUUUAAGCUGUAUCUCCUACUUCGUUUUUUUAAACAAAAAAAGAUAUUUGAUGUUUGGAACAAGCCGAUAAAUUUUACAUAUUGAGUGGUGUAAUCUAAUAUAUACAAUCCUAAUUUGCUCAAUUGGGGGGUUUGGUUGAUAUAUAAUUUAUACACGUGUAUUGCUCAUUGCACAGCAGAUAGUUAUUGAUACUUUUUUCCUUAUAAAAUGAUUGAAGCUUCAUGUUAGUUUCUUAAAAUUAUUGGCCUGUAACACAUCUACAGAUUAAUCUUCAAAAGAUGCAGUUAUUAUUUUGUAUGCUUCAUUUUGUAGUGUGCAUAUAAUACAUAUACAUGUGAACACACAAGGUGUUUCUGAUUGAGGUGGAUGUGUCGGGAUAAUGCUGCUUAACAAUUCAUGAUCAACUAUUUUAGAGUCAUCACAUGCUCUACUAGUGAAAGCUACUGUAGUUUAUCUGCUGUGAGUCUCUAAGGAUUAAAACAGCUCCGCUUUCAUGUCUGCAUAAUAUUUUCACCACACUGCAGCAAAAUGCUAGGUGACUCAAAGACAAUGUUUACAAAUAACUGGUGUUUCACAUUUUUUAUCAUAGCAUGUAAAUAAAUCCUAUUUUUCUUCCACACCUAUGCUGUUGCAGACACACUUUUUACUUAGGAAUAACACAAACUUUCAUACAAACAUAUUUAUGCAGGUACUAAUUAUUUCUCUAAAAGACAUUCCAAAAAAAGAAAUUUAAUUUGCUAUUCACACACUUUGGGGUCAAUUUGUGUAACUUAACAGAUUUUAGUGAUUGUGCAAUGUUCCACUU